AUGGAGAGGCGUGGCUCUCCAGGCACUCGGGGCCCGGAGCCGCUGGCUCAGCGGCAGCGGGUCUUGGGUUGCUCCGGGUGCAGGUGGCGGCCCCGCGGGCGGAUGGACCGCCUGGGUGGGGCAGGGGCGUCGGGGUACGGCGAAGAGGGCGACGAGGACGAGGAGGAGCGAGAGGGCAGCGCUGCGGGCUCGAAGGGAUCCAGACUGCCCCCGAUCGCGGGCAGCGCCUCAGAACCGACCACACGGAAGGUGAAGAAGAAGAAGAAGAAAAAGACCAAGGGGUCGCCCAAGGGGCACGACAAACAUCAGAGUCGAGGCCUGAAGACUCAGCAGCUGUCUUCAUCCUUUCAUGGCAUCUUAAGUCCCAGCAAAGAUCACGACCCAAGGCAAGAGCACAGACAGGACAAAGAUGAAAACAGGCUCAUCCCUUCUUACUCCUCCACUGUAAGUCUCUCCCACUUUGCCGAGAUAGAGGAGAACCUCUCCAAGCAGAUCAACGAGAGUCUGCGUUGGGAUGGGAUCCUCGCUGACCCGGAGGCAGAGAGAGAAAGGAUUCGUGUAUAUAAGCUGAACCGCAGGAGGCGGUACUGGAAUUUGGCCCUCAAGGGCUUCCCCUCUGAGCCCUGUGCUGACGAGACCCCCGAGAACUUACCCUACCUCUCAGACAAAGACAGCAGCACGAGCAGCAGGCAGCCCUCCUUAAAAGCCAAGGGCCCUCAUCACUGCUUUGAAGGAAGCCUUACUCCAAAGCUUCUAGACUCUGAUUAGACUCUGCCCCGGGCGAAAAUCCACCCAUGACACUGGCGAGCUUAUCGCUUAUCCUGACCACAAGUUUAUGUUAAAAAGAAGAAUAAUAAACGGAAAUCAGACCUACAUCCGAGGGAAGCAGAUAUCUGGUCUGUGGGUGGUCAACCUCUCCUUUCAACAAGAUGCCUUCACUGCCCAGGAGAGCCACAGUUCCUUAAGAACGUAAGCAGUUUAAUGAACGAAAUUCUUUUCAGAGUUUCCUUUGUCUCAGAUAAGCGGCCAUCUCUUUGUUAUUUAAUUUCUCAUCAUAGUUAGAUGUCUAUAGUCUGCCCCCGCAAAAAAGACAAAGUGUGUACGUUAUGUCAAUUCUAAAUCUUAAACUGAUUUUAUGUGUAAAACUCCUCACACAAACUUCUGUAGGCCCAAGGAAAAUGCCCCAAGUAUCCUGGAGACUUUAAAAAAAUUUUUUUUUUUAAAAUACAAUAUACUCCCUGCCCUCAUGUAGCCUUUAAAAUAAGUGAGUUCUGGAACUUCAUUGCUGGGAAGUUAUCAUGAAAAGUCUCAAAAGGAAUACUGCUUCUCUUAUAAAUGUAGUCCUCCCCUAAUUGCCCAAGAUGG